AUGCGACGCAACAGCUCGGCCAGCUCGCUGGACCUGGGUGAGCGCAACUCGGAGGAGAGCAACGAUGACCAAGAGACCGUGGACAAGCCGCUGCCCAAGCCGGUCGAGAGCUACCAGAAGAUCUCUUCGGACUUCGAGCGUCACGGCGCUAUUGUCCGCUUUACUAACCUGGAAGCCAUCAAGAACGGAUUGCUGGUAUACAGCGGCGAGGGGCGAAUUUGUCGAUCUCGCUAUCUCGCUUCCUCUUACCAGUAUCUUCAACAUCUGGCUUUGGCGAUGCAAGAUUAUGUACCUGUCGGAGAUGCUGGGCAGCUGGGGAUGUCUUUCCUGUAGACAUCCGGUAGAGAUUUUCACCUGACGUUCAGAACGUUUCAUCGGCCAAACACGCCCACCGGACUGUGAGC